UGGUCGAGACAUGGAUAGGCCUGUUAGCUCUUCUUCGUUCUCUCCGCUUAAUACUCUAAUACAAGUGAACAAGGACACAAUAGUCGAAGCACUCGCAUUUGAUGCGACGCUGGCGGAAUUUUUCAAUGCUUUCUUGCAGCUUCCGGUGUUCCCGCGGGCGAUGGCGUACAAUGUGAAGCGUCGGGUGAUCGAGGAAGAGGCUGGGAGUGAGAUGGCUGCAUGCAAGAGUCCCGGAACGUGUGGGAAUGUGAUGAAGUGGGUGAGAGACAACAGAGCUGAACUCUUUUUAAGAUCCUCACUAUUUUCUGAGUAUAAGUUGUGCAUCUUACUGACACGAUCAGGAGCUGGUCAUUGGGAUACCUUCGAAUCCUGUUCAGAGGGAUCAAGCAUCUGCAACAUCAAAGCACUUCGUGACAUGCAGACGGCAUUACAAACACCAGAAUACGGCCACGACGUACGGAACGUAGACGCAGCAAGCUUGGAAGUGGCCUGUAACAGCACGAGCAUCUCAGAACAGAGAGCAAAGUCAGAGGAUCUAAGACACAGAGCCAGUCAGGAAAUAAAUUUGGCAAAAACUAGUAAUUUACUUGGUGCGACGAGUGGAAUUUCGUUGAGACAAAUAACUGUGUUGUCUGCACCUGUCAAGCGAUCUUUACAGUCAAGACAGCAGGCUCCGAGUUCUGUUACAAUUUCAACAUUUGAAGAGAAAGAGAGUAAGGCUAGUAAGACAGAGCACUCGGAUAGCAGUCUGGGUGGGUUGCACAGUCGAGUCGUUUCGGCAAAGAUUGAGAAAGACGGAGAGUAUAUUUUCGGUGAGCGUUUGACUUUUGAUGAACGUGACUUGGGAGAGUUUGCAUAUGACAGUGAUGACUCGGAUAAUGGUGAUGAUGGUAUUGAAGGUGGGGGUGACUCUGAUGAUGGUGAUGAUGAUGUGGAGGAUGAGGAGGAGGACAAAGAGAAUACUGACAAACAGACGGAAGUUGAUCUGAUUGACCUUGAGAGCAAGACCGGAAAGAAUUUUUCGCAAAUGAUGGCUGAUGCACUGAGUUCGGUUGCUGGAAUGAUAAACUUCAAGACGUUCCUUCUUGGAAAAGUAGGCUACAGUAUGCUGAACGCUUGGCUUGAUAUCGACAAGGUCACAGGAAGCGCUGUCAUAACUCUAACGAACAAGCAACUAAGAAGAAGUCUAAGGCAACUGGCUGAGAAAUACUCAGGCACUGUAGUUGGCAAUCGAGCACUCGGUUGGCUGCGUAAAUAUCACCGACGACGAUCAGAAAUCAAUCCACUGAUUCAAAUACAAAUUAGCAUUCUUCGACGCUUACACAACUACUGGUGUCCACGCUUUAUCGUACACACCAAUCGAUCACGGCAUUCUGUUUCUUCGGCAUGCAACGUGAGGUUGACUGUUAAGUCUACGCCAAGUUUCUGUAGAUCAUUGUCACUGUCACUGGAGAAAACACGACACUUAGUGUUGACUGUCAAUGAGAAAUGUGAAUUACUACCAUUAAAGGAGAGAAUUCAGUCAGCUCGUGUAGUGACUGAAGCACCUAGGCCAUACUGUCAGUUGGUGACUGCAAUUCAGUGUGACGUAGAUGCCGGGGAACCGUUUGCAGCAUUUCUACUGAGAUCUAAUGAUGAUAAACUACGGAACACCUUGCUGUUCUUGCAAUCGUUGUGGCAGCUUGCAAGCUGUCUCACACUGUGGCAAGGAACACUCUCCGUCAGACUCUCGUCUGCAUGGAAUCUGUGGAAUACGUAUUUGAAAGAUGAUGGCAGUCACCCUAUCGCGGUCGAGAGAGAUGCUAAGCAAACUUUGUGUCACAUUCUUGGUGGUUGCAAGGGAUAUGUGUCAGUCGAUCACUUUCAAGACGUAGAAUGUGCAGCAGUUGAUGUCUUGCGGCUCGUAUGGGUAGAGUACUUACAACACGACGAUAAUAUCUACAUUUCACAAUGUUAUCCAAAGCCGGAACCUGAAGUUUCAACCAGUAGUCACACAUCUCCACAAUCUCAAUUUAUUGAUACACAACCAAAGGACUUACACGAGUCAUCACGCCUGCUGAAAAGAAAGAAGGUGAGACGAUCGAAGAGGACCUCUAAUCAACAGAACUCGACAAUUUCUGAAUCAAAAAAUGAUGGAGAUGGUUUGGUAAAUGACGGUGUGGAUGGACGGAAGGACAGCAAAGGAGCCAAAGUGGCAGAAACCGAGCAGAAGUCGCUAAACUUUGUCAACUUGGCUAGAAACGAGAUGGUUGUCAGUGCGUUCAAAGAUUUUCUUCUUCACUAUGGCGAUCCUGUUGCUUUGAAUCGACUUCUUCUCUGGUUGGACAUUCAAGAGAUUAUUUUGGUUCAUAAAACGUCAUCGAGAACACCGUUGAGCAUACAGGCACACAAAAAUUACUUCUAUGAAAAGUCAAAGAGAUCUGUUGAUCUGCCGGAUGCUUUCAAAGACGAUCUAAAUGUGAAAUCAACUUCACAUCGACCGUCAACGGGAAUGCUGACUACCGUUCAGGCACACUUUGUUCCUUUCAUUCAGUCAAAGUUUGAAGAAUUUCUGCAGUCGCUUGUUGUGCAGUCAGAUCAAACAAUUGAGAGCUUGCCAGCUUUACAAAUUUUGCUGCAAAAGCGAAAGAAGAACAAAAAAAUUUCAGGGAGAGGAAUUCCCACCCAUGAAUUGCAGGACGAGUUGUCUACGAUUCUCGUCAAUGCCGAAGGUCCAUGGCCACACAAACUGAGCUCGUUUCGUUCGUAUUUGAAAUACUUUGGACCGUCUGACGGUUACCCACUGUCUGAGAAUAAUCUUUCAUUUUGGAUUGAAGUACAGAAGCUAAAGGACAUGUUUCAAGGUUCUGCUGAUAAAGUGUUUGUGAAGAGGAAGGCAAACGUUGUUGCUGAUUGCUAUUUGGACUGCUCAAAUCCACCUUGGCUACAGGUUGACCUUCCGGCCGACUUUGCUCACCGUCUCUUGAAUAACAUGCGUGGUAGUCAGCCUCAUCACGUUGCCAAGUCGACUCCUCGUUCACUGAACCUUCAGUUGCUGAAUGAAGCACAGGCUCAGGUGCUCAAGGAGCUGGUACCGUUUUGGGCAGGAUUCGUUAAACGCUACAAGCUACCGGGUGAUGGAGAUGAAACUGAACAGAAGUUUAAGAGUAAGAAAGGAAGACAUCACAAAAGGAUUGGUAGGAAGAACAGCACUAUGAAUAGAAGGACAAAGUCGGAGUGUGACGUUGAGAAUGCCAUCCCAUCAAUCGUGCACUGUUCAUUGCCACCCUUGCCAACUCCAGUCUCACGUGCAGUCUGUCGCCAUCUAACAUUCUCUCUUGCAAUGGGUGCUCACUGGAAGGCAUCACAAGAUGCAGUUUGUGAAGCAUCGAGUCUAUAACAUGUGAUUGGAAUGUUUGUAAAGAAAUUUUGUAAUUGGAAAUUUUAUUCUUUAUUUAAGGUAAAGUGCAGUAGGAAUGAGUUAAAAGUAGAUGUGCUGUUUUUGUACAACGUGUGCGUGUGUCCAAUCUACACAGCAAAUGCACAGUGUGCA